AUGAAUAAAUUUAUUUAUUUAAUAUAUAUUAUAUUGUUAUCAAUAUUUUGUUUUACUGGAUCUGUAAAGUCCGUAAACAAUAAUGUAAAAAUAGCGGUGGUUGCUUCCGGAGUGGUCGAUGACUUUGGUUUCAACUAUAUGAUCAACGAAGGUAUGAUCAAUAUGGGAAGAAUAUUGAAUAUUUCAAAGAUUCAAUUGGUCCAAAAUAUUACUGCCCUUCAAUUGCCUGCUCUAAUCGACGAUCUGGUGGCACAAGGAUGUGAUGGUAUCAUUACAAGUUCCUUCGAUAUGACUGACGCAACAGUAAAUGCCUCCAUUAAAUAUCCACAUGUUCAAUUCCUAACACGUGGAAGUCUUAAAAACACAAACAACCUUUCCUUUAUCACCUACAACAUCGGUAUUUGCCAAUAUAUCAUUGGCUAUUUCGCUGGUUUGGUUACAAAGACCAACAAGAUCGGUUAUAUUGCACCAGGUCUACCGUUAAUUCCAAAUUAUAAUGCCAAUGCUCUGUUUGUUGGUGCCAGAAUGUCCAACCCCAAUACCACAGUCCACACCUACAAUGUCAAUGAUUGGAUUACUCCGGACAGAUCGACCGGUGCAGCCAAUGUUCUCUAUGACAUGGGUAUCGAUAUCAUCAGUGACAACGAAAACGAUCAAUCCGUCCUAAAGGUAUCGGUCAAACGUGGUGUAUACGGACUUGGAACCAACGGUUUCCCACAAGGUCAGAUCUUUGGUCAAUCGGUAGGUCUGUCAUUCGUUACCAAUUGGACCAGUACCUUUGUUAAAUUUGGUAAAAUUGUAACAGGUGCUACAAAUGUAACGUUCAAAGACUAUGGUGAUUUCAAUACAACUUUCUUACAAUUGUCCGAUUUUCCAUUUUCUGUAAGUGAAACAAUUAGACAAAAAGUUAGAGAUGAAAUUACAAGAUUAAUGAAGAUACCAAGAGCAUCUCACCCAUACUAUUGUAAUGAUUUUAAUUUACAAACAUAUCCAAAUGAUACCAAGCCAGGAACCAAUUGUAUUACUAGUGGUUUUUGGUUUACUGUUAAUAAGCCAUACGAAGGAAUGUAUGAUUAUGGAUACUAUAAUGUUCCUUUGACUGAAAUAUUCCUUGAAGAUUCUGUAUUUUAUGGUGUAUUGAUUACAUCUUGUAUUUUUAUAUUUUUAAGUGUUAUUUUAAUUGGUUUGGUUUGGUAUUUCAAAGACUCUCAUUCCAUUAGAUCUGCAAGUCCUUUGUUUUGCUGGGUGUUGAUUCUCGGAGGAAUCAUCACCUAUAUCGGUUGUAUAGUCUAUGUUAUUCCAGUGAAAGAUUCAUCUUGUGCCGCAAGAUAUUGGCUGUUGGUCGUUGGAUACGCACUGCUAAUCGGUUCGUUGGUCGUAAAGAACUUCCGUAUCUACUUGAUUUUCGAAUCGACCAAUAAAUCUUUGAAGGUAAUUCGUAUUACCAACACACAUCUCAUGCCAUGGGUCGGUGGUCUAGUAGCGGUUUUCUCGAUUCUUAUGGUACUCUUUACUGUCUCAUCGGUUGGAAACAUCAGUGCCAUAACAUCAUUCGACGAGCCAAACCUCUUGAAAUAUCAAUACACUGUGGUUUGCAAGAAUUCCGAAGCCGGAAACAUUGUGCUCUACACAGUGUUGGCGGUAUUCGGUGUCAUGUUGAUCUGUGGUAUUUUCGUAAGCUGGAAAAUCAGAACGGUCGACAUCGAUGAGUUCAACGAGAGCAAACCGAUUGCCAAUACACUGUAUGCAGUGCUUCUCUCUGCAUUCAUCGUGGCGGUGCUUCUCGUCUCGCCACAAACCAAAAACUCGGAAUCAACCAUUAUCUGUGCAGCGGCCAUCUUUAUCACAACGGCAUCGCUACUCAUUCUUUUCGUUCCGAAAUUCUGGAGAAUCCACAUAUAUGGUGCAGCAUCAUCGGAGAUGUUCACUCGUAACAACAUGAGUGCCAUCGCAUCAUCGAGAAACUCCAACAAGAACUCCUCCAAGCAGUACAGUGGAACCAGCAGCAGAGGUGGUGGAUUCAGUGGUUCUCUUGACGAAGAGGAAAUGGCAUCGAAAUCCGUUGCCAAUCCACAGCAACACUCACCAAACACCUCCAAUUCCAAUCUAAAUAAUAAUAAUAAUAAUCAGAUUGCUGGUAAUCCAGAGGAACAACACAGUUCAAUACAUGCUCAGUUUGACUCUGAUGAAGAUCAUAUAAAUCAAUCAACACACAAAAGACAAAAAGAGCUAUUUGUAUUGAUAACUUAUAAACAACAAACACCACACCACACCUAG